AUGGGUAUAUGUUUGUGUGUACAAACAGCUAUAGCGUUUAGCGUUCCGUUGACCGAAGAAGAAGAAAGCGUCGUGAAAAAACAUCCACCAAAGAGACUGAGAAUGUUGGAGGGACAGCAAUCGCCGCCGCUAACCCACGAAAUGCUGUUGGAGAAAUUGGCGGAUGCCGAAAAUAGACGACAACAGAUCCUAAGUCAGAGGAUAGAGUCGGCCAAAACGCUGAUGCGGCCCCGAUACAAUAGCGCCAACAAGAUGAACGCCGACGACGCGUUGGUGGAGGAUACGGACAACGUGGGUGACGAAGAUUCUUAAAAAAGAAUAAUUAUCAUGCCUAUUUAAUAUUAUUUAUAUACCAUAAAAUAUGUCCAUAAUAUUAUACUGUUUUAUCGUGUAUUAGACAAAAACGAUACUGUUGUUCUG